CACUUCCGGGUUUCAGGGGGCAGACCUGCUGAGUUGAGAGCUCUUCGUCACUAAUUUCUCUGAAAGUUUUAUUUUUAGACUUCUUUUAAACUGCACACUUAUUUGAACACACGUUUCAUUUUCUUAAAAAACACACGCAGCUCAUUUUGUGGCUUUAUCGUAAAACGUAAAUUCAGAAGGGCCACCGGAAGAAUGGGCGUGGCAACGUAAAGUUAAGAAAUUAAAAGCAUCUAUGCUUCGGCGGUUGUCGCAGAAACACCGGAAGUACAAUAUUAAAAUUAAAAUAGCUGAUUCAUGGAAACUAGAAUCACGAAAAAAAUAGAAACUAGAACAUUAUUGACCAACAAAUAUACUUUAAAAGUUAUUUUAUACGUGAAACUUGAUGGACUCAUCAGAUAAGAGAAAAGGCAAAACGGCCAGGAGGCAGAGCUUGUUCUCGUCUGCAGCAUCCGAGCAGCGAUGGGAUGAAGAGGUCAAGCAGCUGUUUGAAAACAACAAAGUCCUCCUGUCCCGUACAAAGAACAACAGAGGAGCGGAGCUGCAAGCAGGGGUCAUCAUUCAGAGAAGAGCUGCAGAGCACUGCUCAAACGGAGCCCAGGCGCUGCUGAGGGCAGAGUACGAGCGGGCCGUGGUCUGUUUCUCCAAGGCUGUCACUCUGCAGCCGGGGCAGCCUCAGCUGUAUGUGAGUCAGGCUGAGGCCCUCCUGCAGCUCUGUGACUUCCAUUCAGCGGCGGGUUUGUACAGGCGGGCCUCCUUUCUGCAGCCUGGAGCCUUUGAUGACCGCUUGGCCUUCAUCCUCUACAUGCAGGGUCAAUGUUUAUUUGAUCAAGGCCUUUUCCUUGAGGCUCUGCAGGCUUUCAGCUGCGCUGCAGAAGUGAAGCCAGGCUGCAGGAUUUAUGAAGUGAAGAGACUUGCUUGUUUGGCAGCUCUGGGUCACCAUGACGAUUGUGUGCAGCUGCUGAACGACUGGAUAACCGAGUGUCCCACAUCUGACCUUUAUGUCCUCAGAGCCCGGCUGCACAAAGUCCAGAACAAGACGCUCCAGUGUUACCGUGACGUGACGCUGGCGCUGCAGCUGCAGCCAGCAUGUCCGCACGCUGCAGCCCUGCUGCUGCAGCUGCAGGAGGCGAGUGAGGAGGCUCGGCUGCAGGCGGUGGUCAGAGCCGUGCGCGGGGAGCUGCGAGAGGCCCUCUGUCUGAGCAGCGUUGGCCUUCAGAACAGCCCUGAGGAUGCACGCCUCUACCUGUUCAGAGGGACUCUGUAUCGCCGUCUGAAGGAGUUCUCAGCAGCCAUGGAGGAUCUGGUCCAAGCGGCGGAGCUGACUGAAGAGACUGGAGGGGGUUUGGAGAGCAUAGCAGGGACCAAGUCUGAGCUGAAGGACUCGCUAAAAGAAGAGGUGAAGUUUCAGGCGGCGCUGACCUUCAAUGACUUUGCCGUCCAGUGUUCCUGCAGAGGCCUCCACGCUGAAGCUGCACAGCUUCUGAACCAGGCCAUUGAGAAGGAGAAGAGCCAGGCGGCUCUGUACCUCAACCGAGGAGACUGUUUCUUCAGGCGGGGAAAGUGGCGUUUGGCUCUGGCGGACUACCAGCAGGCCGAGGAGAUGCUGCGUCCUGAUGACCCCGCCGUGAAGCUCCGACUCGGCCUCGUCCACAGCACGCUAGGCUCCUCCUAUUUCCAGAACGAGCACUUCCAGGAGGCAGCCGACAUGUUCUCUUUGGCCGUCAACUACAGCCCCUCAGUUGGCGAGUAUUACGGCGGCAGAGCGAAAGCCUUCCAAAGCCUGGGGGACCUGCGAGGGGCCAGGGAGGCCUGCGUCUGCAUGCUCAUCCUGGAUCCCAGCAGCAGUCAGGUGCCUCCUUUGCUCAUGAAUUUGUUUCCUGGGAAAAACGCAGCAGAUGUUUUGUCUGGUCCUGAGGGACAAGCAGCCAAAGUCCGUCUGAUGGAGCGGAUCCGGUCCUGGAGAUCCUCCUCUGACCCUCAGAGGGACUGAAGAGAGAUCCAAAAACCGGCCUCAGGAGAGAGUGAAGCUGAGCUGUGUGCAAACACAGUCUCAUUCUGCCCCAUGGGGGGUCUCAUUCUGCCCCCCUUUACCCUCUGCUCCUGUGGACGUCCUCCAGCCAGAGGCACAAAGCUGUGAGGACUUCCUAUAAGCGUUUGGAGUCUUCAACCUUCAUUUCUCUGCUGCCAGAAAAACCCAGAACAAUGUUCCAAAAAAUAAUCAACAGUUUCAUGUUU